CGCUCCUUCAACAACAACAGCUAGUCAGACACCUCGGUAGCUUUCGAGCAAACAUAGCUACAACAUUCACACUGUUUUGGUGUAUAUUAGUCGCUGUGUAUUAAACACACUUCUGUCGUAUGUACUUGUUGGCCCAUUUAAUUAUAUAUUGACGUUGUUUGUCAGCUAGCUGGUUUGCUAAGUUAGUUUAGAACUAGGCUAGUCUCUAAUGCUAGCUAGCUAACAUCCCCGACCAUGAGGUCACUAAGCUACUCUCUUGAUAAAGAAGAGGAGGUCUGCUGGACGGAGAAAGAAGCUCUUGUGAAAGAGGAGGAUGUUACAAUACGAAAACAAGUAGAGGGUGAGGCUGUUACCGUGAAAGAAGAAGAGAAAGACGCGUUCAGAGUGAAAGAAGAGGAGGAUGUUACAGUAAAAGAAGAGGAUGUAGUCUUUGGAGUGAAAGAGGAGGAGGGGAAGAUGACUGUCACAUUGGAGGAAGAAGAGGAGGUUGGAGAUCUGUUCAACACCAAGAGAGACGGGACUAUCUUGGGUCCUCUGGGGAGCCUCAACAACCUCAUAAUGCUGAAGAGGCAGAGAAGAGUCUCUCCAGAUCAGAACAUCUCAAGAAACACCCGCAGAGACCCAUAUGGAAGAGAACUCACUGCUGCUCUCACUGCUGCUCUGACUGUGGUUAGUGUUACUUAAGAUCAGAUUCACUAAAACUUCACCAGAGAAUUCACACGGGUGAUACAUCUCACUGCUGCUCUGAUUGUGGGAAAUGUUGCAAAUCAAAUCUUCAUCAGAACUUAAAAUACACCAAAGAACACACACAGGAGAGAAACCUUUUAGCUGUAAUCAAUGUGGAAAGAGUUUUAUUUCAUCUAGCGUCCUGACAGUACACCAGAGAACACACACAGGAGAGAAAUCUUACAGCUGUGAUCAAUGUGGGAAAAGUUGUCCUUAGAUAAGCAACCUGAUAUCACACCAGAGAACAAACACAGGAAAGAAAUCUUAUAGCUGUGAUCAAUGUGGGAAGAGUUUCACUCAUUCAACCAACCUAAUAUCACACACAGGAGAUAAAUCUUAUAGCUGUAAUUAAUGUGGGAAUAGUUUUGUUCAAUCUAGCAGUCUAAGAGUAAUUCAGAUAACACACAGGAGAAACAUUUUAUAGCAGUGACCAGAGAUAAUCUGAUAAAAUAUCUCAUCAAUUAUUAGAAAAUUAAUGGAGUUGUUUCAUAAUAUCAAUGAAUUAAUGUUACAAUGUAGAAUGUUUUAACAUUGUACCAGGAAUAUUUUAAUGAUGUCACAAUGUAGGACCCUAAACGUUUGUCCCCUGAUCUAUUGAUUUCAGCAUGAUAUGGAUAUUAGCCUCAGGGGGGAAAUCCAGGCUCUGAAUUGAAAGAGUACUAUUUAUGAGAUUUAACAAAAAGUGACUAACAAAAAAGGAGUUGUUACACUUACCACAUUGGUGACCCACUUGAAUCAAAAUGCAACACUUCAAAAUGUAGCGAUCUGUUUUCUACAAGUUGUGCUCUAACCAGGGAUGUACACACUAUUCCCAUAUUCCGUGUUGUUUUUGAGUUCGUUUUCACAGCACGUGCAACCUCAUCUCCCUUCUCUCGCACAAAUGAUUUUGAAAUUACAUUUCCAUGUGUUUUUUAGUUGUUAGUUUCAACAGCACGUACAGCCUGAUUUCCCCCUAAUCGAUAUCAGCGAUUUAUUGCUACUUGUCAAAACAACAGCAUUUUAAAAGGUGCUUGUUUUAAAAAUUACAAGUAAUAUUAUUAUUGUGGCAGAUGUUUGUAUAUAUAGCCCAUUUUAUGUUUAGGUUUUCAAUUGAUCCCAAACUGUUUCUGCAUAUUGCUUAUUGAUUUGGACACAUUAAAAUUGAAAGUUACUACGGAUAUUGCAGGAAUCCUCUUGAAAUCAGACAUGUCUGUGGUAAGGACAACUUGCUUGCUGAUUUUCUCAAGGGUGGGCAGUCGAAAGUUUUGUGUUUUGCGUUUGGCCAGUGCGUUGCCAUGGAUCACAAUUUAUUUUGACUGCACGUUUUUUUGUAUUGAGAUUAGUUUUGUUUGGGCUCGUUCCAAGCGGACGAGAGUUUUCGAAUCUAGUGAGUUUUAGAAAGACGAGAGUUCUAGAAGCUAGUGGGAAAAAUAGUUUUUAAAAUGUUAAAUUGUUGACAGUAGACACCGUGUUUAUAUUGGUGAAGCAAUGUGAAAUGGAAAUUGUUUUCUGUUGGUGGUGAGCAAACUUGUCCUACAAAAAUAUAGGAUAUAUUUGUUGUCUUAAGGGGGAAGGUGUUACAGGCUUUGGUUUUGAGGUUGGACUUUAGCACGUAUAGCUCAUUAGCAUGUAGGGAGAACCGAUUGGUGUCACCUUGUUAGUCAGUAUGUGUUACACCUGUGCUGGCUUGUCCAUCUAGUUAGUAGGAAGGUGUUUUUCCUGAGCUGGUCCAGAUUUAAUUUAAGAGUGUCUGGCCCAGUGCUCCAGUUGUCUUGAUAGAUGUGGAGAGUCAACACCUUUAGUUGCUCCAUCUUUUUUGGUUUGCUUCCUGUCUGUAAGUUUGGUGUGAGUUAUUGUUUCUCUCUUCUUUGGCAGAUUUAGUGGGUCUCAUGGUGGGUGUCUUUUAGGUCCCAGUUGUUGUUACUAGUCAACUUUCAGUGGACACCCUCAGUGUCUUUCAGAGCCCCUCCUAAAACCUGUUUAGUUUAAGUUGUUGUUGUUGUUAGUUCCCUCUUCUGUUUGAGGGACAUUUUUCGUUUUCUUGUUGGAGAACGUAACAUCAAACAAUGGGCAUAAGACAAGAUAUUUUGGGGUGGAUAUUGCAGUGAAUUGUUAAUAUUUUAAAUCAAUGACAUUUAAUUAGAAUGCUCAUUAGUCUUCCAGUUUAGUUUCAGUUAUUCUUUUUUUUCUCUUAUGUUUGUAUUAAAUAUUUGUUUAUUUUCAUUGUUUUUUCCUGUGAAGCCAUUGUGUUGCAUCCAUGUCUGAAAUGUGCUGUAUAAAUAAAGCUUGAUUUAAACAUUAUGAAUCCAAUGACCAACCAA